GACACAAGCUCAUUGAUCCUCACUCACCAUGGAUGCUGCUGACACUCUUUCGAAACAGCUCGCCGCUGAAACACAGAAACGGCAGAACGCAGAAAUGCUGUGCCUGCAAACCUUGUUUCAGAAAGCGACGGAGCUCGCGGUCGAAAGGGAUGCACGGAAAACUUCCGAGGGCCUGUCUGCAAGCUUGCAAGAGCAGAUGAACCGCAUGUCCCAGAAACUUGAUGAGCUUGUUGACGAAAAAGAGAAACGUAAAACUGCCGAAGAACUCUGCACAACUCUGAAAAGGCAAUUGGCCACGAUGAUCCAAGCAACUCAGGAGUUGGAUGCUGAGAAAGCGCUGCGCAAAGCCGCUGAGGAUCAUGUGGCGGUGUUGCAAGAUGUGUUGGAGACGGUGACCAUUGAAAAGGACGAGCUGAAGACCCAACUGCAGCAGAAAAGCGUUUCUGGUUUCAGCCAUGGUGCAACAUGGCAAUAUGAAAUUGAUGGCCGCUGGGAAGCAUUUACACCUGAAGCAACUGAACAGAUGCACCAGGCAUACCUCGACUACCUCAAAGAGAUUCCGGGCAGCCAGCACAAAACCAUCUGUUCGGGUGGAGUGGCCCGUGUGAUGGACUUCGAACUGAUGCAGCAGAAGCACCUAAGGACUGGAAAGACUCGCCAAAUCCGUGUGUCAGCUGGGGUUCCUCGCCAAUGGGUCACACCUCCGGAGGAUUUGCUGCAGCAGGGCAAUGAUUUGAGAUCUUUUUACAAAGAGGUAGCUGACCCCGAAAUUUGGGAGUCAAUUCGCACGAUUCUGCACCACACUGGUCAUGCUUGGAACACGUCAAUGCAGUGCAACUGCAUGAUAACAGCAGAAAUUAAGUCUGUGCACCGCAUUGAGAACAUGCGCCUUUGGCACCGAUACAAAAUGCGGUUGGAUACCAUGCGAAGGGACCAUGCCACAUACAAGAUCUCUGUGGAACCUGCAGAGCUGGGUCUUGAUGGCGUGUUCCCCUGCAUGGCGGAAUCUCAGCAAACCUUCAACUGUGGAGAGACAUUGGCUCUUGACGUAGAUGAGAAGAUGCUGUUGCACGGCACAUCUUGGGACAAUGCCAAUGCCAUAGUCCGAGAAGGGUUUGAUCAUCGAACUUCCAGGCAAGGUUUGUAUGGUGCUGGAGUCUAUUUUGCAUGUGCAGCAUGCAAAUCUCACCAAUACACGUGCGAGCACUUCACGGGACCUCAAGCUCACCUCAAGUCAAAUCACAAAUGCGAAAGGACUUUGAUCAUCGCCCGCGUUGCACUCGGUGAUUCCUACACUGCAACAAGAAAGAGGACGAAUGACCGAAGGCCACCCCUGCGAAGUGAUUCAUCACUGGGCACCUACGACUCAAUCGUGGUGAAGCCUGGCCCGAUAACUGGCCACCAGAACCAAGAACAAAUUCAUCAAGAGUAUGUGAUCUUUGACAGGGAACAGGCUUAUCCCUGCUUUGUUGUGCAAUACAGAGUUUGAGGAACGGUUCUUGAAUUUUGCUCUUGCCUGCCUGAAGCGUC